AUGGGACCUGGAGAUGAGUCCGAGCCAUUUCUCAAAGAUCCUCGCCAGCCACCACACCAAACAAGUGAUCCUGAAAGCCGAGACAUAUUCGGUCUCCGGAAAAGUUCUAAGCUCUGGCUUAUCUCGUCUUACGGCCUAGUUUUUAUCUUCGCCUCGUUGCUCUGGGGAAGCCUUUUCUACGCUAUGUACAUCUCUCAGCCAAGUCGCAAAGCAAUCCAGUCAAUCCAUGAGACUAAAGCGCACGGGAACAUCACCACAAAUGCAAAGCUCCUCAACUGCGGCUGGACACCAGCAGAGGCUAAGGCACUAGGCUGUCAGUAUGAUAUUUUGAGCAAUCACUGGGUGCCGGGGGUUUGCAUGGAUCAAGAAUCCAUUGAGGAAUAUCAAACUGAUGAAUCAUGGUUUGGGUUCGCAGACGAGAAUAGAACGGAGCUCUUGAGUAUAGACACUAUGUCUGAGAUGAGGUACUACUAUACAACUGAAAGGGACCAUAUCGUUCAUUGUGCCAUGUUGUGGAGGAAGCAGUUUAGAGCGUUCUUUGAAGAGCGGGACAAGCUUGACACAAUUAUUGCUGAUAGCGAGCAUACAAUGCAUUGCUCUCAAUUCUUGAUGGAUAUGUCAGAUAAAGGGCCGGAUUAUAGAAACAUGCCGAUAAAGACAUGGGUGGGAUAUGCUGGUUGCUGGGUGAAGGAGUAG